AUAAUGGAUUCCUUUCAAAAGCAGCUGGAAGAGGUUACACCAAAAACAGCACUCAGACGUGAUCUCCUGGUACUGGAUCCUCAGGAGACACCAGCUGUUCUAACCCAACCAAGCCGUUCACUACGAUCACGAGGGAAGCAUAGAGACAAAGAAAUAUUAAAACGAUUGGAUCAAGGAAAAACAAAGAAGUCAAAGGAGGAGCAGCAGAAAACAUAUGAAGCUGUUGAAAAGAUGUCGCUUUCCAUGCUUGAAUCAAAUAUCAGUAAAAUCAAAGGUUUGGAUCAAACUUAUGCAGACGUAAGCAUAAGUGAUGAGUCAUCUCUUAGUGAAAUUAAUAUACAGGCAGUGACAAGAUUUCACAGAAAGAAAAAUAACCCUAGGAGGGGGUUAUCCCAGAUACCAGAGACCAAAUUAGCUCAUGUUGGUAAAAGACGGUCUUCUAUUUUACCUGAAAAGAAAGAUGUCAGUGUCUUGAAAGAUCAGACAUAUGGAAAUAUCACAUAUAUUGAAGACACUUCUGAAAAUGAUAGCCUCAGUCAGGAGGUUCAUGAAAAAUUAGAGAAGCUUAGAAGCAAACAUCGUAAGGCUCUCUCCAAAACAGAGUUAACAACAAAGAAAUGGGUGGAGUCAGGUAAAAGAUUGAAGUCCAAGAAGAGCAUAGAAGAAGCCUUGCCUUCUUAUAAAAAUGUUAGAAGAGGAAGAAGUAUAGUGGUUGCUGAGGACACUUACGGUGACUUGAGUAAUGCAGACACUUCUUCAGACAGCAUAUCUUUAGGAAAGGUAAAGGUAUUUGCUGGAAAGAAAGGUCAGCGCCAGCGAAUAGCUAUAUCUGAUCAAGUAAACUUAUCCACACUUGCAAAUUCAGAAAUAGAGACCUCAGACAUUUCAGUUCAGAAUGUGCCAUCAAACAUGUGUUUAAUACAGAAAAACUUGGAGGCCUCUUCUACAAGAAAAGCUUCAGACUAUAUUAAGCCUGAUAAUGAAAGUUUACCAGAUUCAUUAAAAGGGAAUCUUUCAAAUGCCUCUACAGAUUCUUCACCUGUGAAAGACCAGAAUGAAAAUAAUACAGGGAAGCUUUCAGAUGUAUCUCAAAUAAGGGGAUCUGAAAGGGAAUGCGAGGAGAGUUACACUUCAAGUACACUUGAGAAUAGUUUGGGACGCAUUCAGACCCCAAAGAAACUAAAAUUAUCUCGAAAAGCCCCACCAAUUCAGCUAAGUUUUUCGUCUGUUUGGUCAAAACUUAAAGACAAGAGUGUUCUUGAAACCUCUGCAAAGAAAAAUACAGUUGAUGAGAAGCAGGACCUUGAAGAUGGGAAUGAAGUAGCUGGAGGCCCAACAAAUAUAAUUGGGCAACCACAACUGAGAGACUUGCAUGUUGUAUUACAACGUUUAGAGGACUCUUUUAGUGAACAGUUGGCACCCUAUAAGAAUGAAAAACCUGUCACUCCUCCAAAGAGUUUCAGGGAUGAUGAUCAGUCUGAAGACACUGAGGGACUUGAAGGCCAUGAUCAAUCUGAGGUUGGGAAUGAAGUUACUUCUAAAGAGAAUGAAUCUACUUCAGCUGGGUUAUACAUCCCUGUUUUUUCUAGUGAUAGCAGUGACAGUGAAGUAAGUAGUAACAUAUCUGCAGCUCUUGGUUCACUAUAUGAAGAUUACAGUCAUGUAUUUAAAAGAAAAUCAGGUACAGGUAUAAGUAGCUCAGAUGCAGAUGGCUCUUUUGAAAAGGGGCCAAACAACACUUCAAAAGAGAAUGUUGUUAGAUAUUUAUUUAGGAAAAGUCCCCAGAAAAGCUCUCAUGACUCACAAGAAGUAAGGUCGAAAAUGAGACUAAGGAGUUCUCCAGACAAAGAUACUUCCCAAGAGUCUUCAAGGAAAACUACUUUUCAGAAGAGAUCAGAGCAGUCACCGAAUAAGGGUAACCAACAAAACCGAAAAAGAGUGCCAAUUGAGUCAGUUAGCCCUCAACAGGAGAGCAACGUAAUAAUGAAACCCAGCCCUGGUAAGAAACCUAGGAAUUCUUUUGUGGAUUUCAGUCUUCAAGAGAAAAUGAGUGAUUCACUAAAUAAAGAAGAUCGGCAAAAGAGAAGUAUUGAUUUCCCUAAGGAAACUAGUUCACAAAAGAAAGUGCGAGUUACACCCUUAAAAGUUAACUCCCAAAAUGAAAUUCAUGGUUCAGCAAAGGAAAGGAAUAUUACACCAAGGAAGACCAGCCUCAAAAGAGAAUCAGGGGUUUCACCAAGGAGCCUCCCCUCAACGGAGAAUGAGUGUUUUCACCAAGGAAAGUCACUCCUCAAAAAAGAAGAGUGUUCACCUAGGAAAGCCAGCCCUCAAAAGAGAAUGAGUGUUUCACCAAACAAAGCCAGCCCUCAAAAGAGUGUGAGUGUUUCACCAAAGAAGGCCAGCCCUCAAAAGAGAAUGAGUGUUACACCAAGGGAAAGCCUCCCCCCCCCUCAAGGAGAAUACGAGUUUUCACCAAGGAAAAGUCAAUCCUCAAAAAAGAAUGAGGUUGUUUCACCAAGGAAAGUCAGUCGAAAGAGAAUGAGUGUUACAUCAAGGAAAGCCUCCCCUCAACGGAGAAUGAGUGUUUCACCAAGGAAAGUCACUCCUCAAAAAAGAAUGAGUGUUUCACCAAGGAAAGUCAGUCCUCAAAAGAGAAUGAGUGUUUCACCAAAGAAAGUCACCCCUCAAAAGAGAAUGAGUGUUUCACCAAAGAAAGUCACCCCUCAAAAGAGAAUGAGUGUUUCACCAAGGAAAGCUACCCCUCAAAAGAGGUUGUUGAUUGUUUCACCAAAUAAAGCCAGCCCCCAAAAGAGAAUAAGUGUUUCAGCAAAGAAAGCUACACCCCUAAAGAGAAUAAGCGUUACACCAAAGAAAUCCAGUCCCAAGAAGAAAAUGAGUGAUUCCCCAAAAGGAACCAGUUCACAAAUAGAAGUCGUUGAAUCACCGUUGAAAGGUUCUCCCCAGAAUAGAAACCAUGAUUUCCUAGAAGUAGUUAGUACACAUACAGUAUCAGCAAAGAUAGCCAGUCCACAGAAAAGAAUGGAAAGCCAUUCCCUGCAAGAAAGUAGCUCUUCCAGUGAGGGUAGUCCUAGGAAAUUGAGAAAUUCUUCAAGAGAAGUGAGUGUUCUUGAAAAAACAGAAAAGUCAUAUGAAAAUGGGGUAUCUGGGGCAAAAGGUGAUGAAAAUGUUUCAGAAAAUGGAGGCUUUGAGAUAGGGACUAAUCUUGAGAUUCCCUCCUCAGAUAGGACUAGCACAAUUGAAGAUACAUUAGGGUCUUUGGAGAAAACACUUGUAGAAAAUGUUGAAGAGUCAUUAGAGAGACAAGGUCGUCUCAAACAAUUUACUGAAACACCCAGAAAAUUAAAUCAUUCAGAAAAUAUAUCAAAAAAUGAAAGCUUAGAGCAGGAAGGAAAUCCUGAGAAUGCCUCCUCAGCACAGAUUAACCCACAGAAGGAUACACAGGCGUCUGUGGAGAAGAGGAAUGUAGAAAAUACUGUAGAGGUACCAGGGAAGCCAAGCCUUCAUAAAAGAUAUAGUGGUAUAUCCAUGAAAUUAUCAAUGUCGGAAAGUAGGUCAGACAUUUCUCACGGAAUAGAUGAAGAGAUUAAUAUUAGCAGUGAAAAGAGGUCAUCACCAAGAAAGAGAAAUCCCAAGAGGCUUUUUGUAACUGAUGAUAUCACUUCCUCAGGUAGAGAUGUUUCCUUAAAGAAGAAUGAAAAGGAUGAUAUUAAUCUGAGCACAAGCAGGAAGAAAUCAAGUGAAGUUAUUGCAUUAAAACGAAAAAGUUCAGAUACAUCAUUUGUUCAUGGAGAAUUGUUUGUAGGUGACAAGAAUGAACAAGGUAGUGGGAAGAGGAGGAGGAGGAGUUCGCUGAAGAGAAAGCGUAGUUCAUCACGAGAAGAUGAAAGAGGUUUGAAGAGUAUUGUGCAUGAAGUGUUGGUUCAUCCAGAGGAAGCUAUCAAGGCAAUGAGGAAAUCCAAUUAUUUGCUUGGGGAUCAAAAAGAAAAUGAAGAUUUGGGGUCUGAACAUGUUAUUGAAUUACAAGAGGAGAAUGUUGACAGAGCUAGAGGUAAUACUGGAAUUGAGGGGAAUGUUAAAAAUAACAAUUCAACUGUUAGCAAUAGUGUUGUGACAAAAAAACAUGUUGAGGACCAGAGAGAAAGGAGUGACAAAUUAAGCAGGUUGCCUCAAAGUGAUCAUUCUGCUGUAGUAUUUGCUGAUACACAAGAGAACAAAGGAGAGACUGAGGGGAUUACUACAUAUAGUGAUAAAUAUAUACAAGACACCCCAGUUACAAGAAGUGUUGAGGUGGAAGGAGGCAAAGAUCAAAGAGAAGAGAACAUUGACACAAGAAUUCUAGGGGUAGAAGAAGAAACUGAAAAAGAUACUCAGUCUGAUAGGACAGUCACUGGUGAUAUAUCUUUGGAUGGUAGAAGUACUAAGGAAGAUGAAAACAAAAACCAAGAAAAAGAUGCACCAAGUGCAACAGUCCAAGUGCAGGAACAAGGAAUUGAUGAGGAUGAUGAUAAACUUACUGGUAUAAAUGAAGAAAACUCUGCAGCGAGUUCUAAUUUGAAGGGUCAUAAAUCAAAUUCUCAUAUGAAUGAUGACAUAGUUCCCAGUAUGACAAUAUCUGGGAGUUUAUCAUCCUCAGUAGAAGCUGAAGGUGUUCCUCAAGUAGUUAAUGAAAAUGAAAUUAGCAUAGUUUCAAGUCAAGAUGAUGAGCUGUCAGGAUUUCAAUUAAGGAAAUUAGCUGUUGAUGUUGAAGUGGGGGAAUCCAGUGGCGAAGAGGAGUUAUCAUUGAACUUGAUUCCUAUUGCUUUUCAAAGAAGAAAUGAGAAGGCAAGCAUUCAAAAGGAAAGCUUAACUUUGACACAGCAGGAAGAGGAAGUUAUGGCAUCAGAAAGAGAGAGAAGUGAAGAAAGUAAAGCUAGAGCUGACUCAGAACAACCUUCAGAGGCUCCUAAGCUAAUACAAAUGACCAUGACAAAUUUUUUAACAAAAUUAGCAGCCAAUCCACCUAGACAGUCAGCUCUAUAUGAUGUGAAAGAAUCAAAACAUUUUGUGGAAGCAAUGUUUCGAGGAAUAGAGAGGCCCAAGACAAACCAGACAAAAAGACCUAAUGUAAAAACAAAAAAGGCUAGAAAGGAGGAACUGCCUUUGAGUGUGCCUGAAAGUAUGACGAAAGAAAUAUUUGAGCAUUAUGCAAAAUGUAAAGUUGAUAAGAAUGCUCUGAAAACUAUUGUUAAAGUUAGUGAAAAAUUUUGGGGAAACUGUGCUGAGGAUUUGAUGAGCAUAGCAAAAAGUCGAGGAGAAAAUUUUGUCAUUACAAAGGAGGAUGUGAUCAGAUUAAUGACUAGAGAGGGUACUCUCAGUGAAAGCACUCCUCUUACAAGUUUGAUUGUAGAAUAUCUUCCUUCAGAAGAGUGGGAUAUUCUUAUUCCCACUGAAUAUGGGCAUAACCAAAUUUAUCCACCCCUUGAAAAGUAAUGACAUUUGAACUGAAGUUUCAUCAUAAUGCUCCCAUGUCUAUCAUUUGCAAGAACUAUAUUUUAUACUUAUUGCUUUUAUUAAUUUGAUCUUUAUUAGAUGAUUGAUAAGUACACGGAAAAUGAAAAAAAUUAGUGACCGCAAUAGUUAAAAACACUAAAAUGCUCAAAGAAAUAACAGCUUAGAAAAGAUGACAAAACUGGUGUUUAGAGGAAGAACAAAGGUAAUCUAGUGGUGGAGGACUGUAAUGCAAGUUACAGACAUCGCAAACAGAGUUUGUUAACUGUCUUUCCCUAACUACUAGAAGAAAUAUUUUAAAAGUGUUAGUAGGAACCUUAGACACCUGAGUUUAGGGAGUAUGUAAGAGUUGAAAGUUUUCAAAUGAGGAAGCUAAACCCAUAAGUUAUCAUUCAUGCCUUACUGGCUCCAAACUGGUGUAAAAAUUGUAAUGUUGUAAUUUCUUGGUUAACUUAUUGUGUAAAGUAGCUGUCAGGUAGUUUGUGUACAAUAAGAGCAAAGGUGUUCCUACAGUACAUAUAUUACACAAGCCUGUUAUUUUACAUGUAAUAAUACUUGAAAUGUGGAAGAAUGAAGUGCCAGUGUUUAACCUACAGAUGAAAUAAAGACGUGUCUUUAAUCCAGCUAAGGCCUCUUCGGGAGUAAACCUAUCCGGCAAGUCUAUCACUUCUCAUGGAUAUUACGGCCCCUUAAUUCAACACCACAUCCACCCCAUCUAACCAAUAAUUUUUUUUGGUCUUCGUCCUCCAUUCUCCCAAAUCUUGUGACGUAUCAUCCACUUUUUUGUGUCAUGGCCAAAACUUUCAAACACUCAUCCAUCGUAUGUUAUGUGAUUCACCUUGUCCCUCAUCAUCAGUCAUAUUUUCAGACAUACUUUCAUAUAUUUCGCUUACUCCCAAAUACCACUAUUCUUAUUAAAAUUCAUUGCUCCAUUGUCGUGGCUUUCACUUACCACCAUAUUGUAAUUCAUUGCUUUGAACAUAGUUCACUUUCAAAUGCUAAAUCAUCUUUUCAUUAUCAACAAGUACUAACAGACAUCAGGUACUUCCCGCUACAUUACAGUGUCUGAUAAAUUUACACCUACAUCUCUUGUAUAUUUUAUGUAACUUAUCUCAGCUUAUGAUUUUUAAAAAUAUUGAAAAGCCAUAGUGAACACACCCUUGUAUCAGACAAACUUUUAUGCCAGACAAGUAAUUUUCUAGGCUGUCAUUUUACAGCUAAUUCUCUUUCAUCCCAAAAACUUCAGUUGUUCUCAGAAAAUUAUCUUGUACACUUGUUGUAGUCAUGUUAUGUUCUUAAAAUUUAUGGUCAUUUAUAUCAUCAUUUCCAUAUGCAAAGGAACUGUUAUUUCCCUUCCAUUUCAUUUGGAACCUUUCCCUCAUCCAGACUUGCCCUACCCACCAUCACUUGGUUAUAUGAUGCACAAUUAUAACCCAGCAUUUCAGUUGUAAUCUUAUUAACUCGGGAUGUCUUCAGGUUUUUAAUUGCCCUCAUUACAGACCAGACUGUUAUAUUCACAAUUUAUCAAAAAUUAAUAUUAACUUAUUUGACUCUUGUAUCAUUGAGAUCUGCCUCAUAAGUAUCGUCUUUAUUCAUAAGUCCAUUAAUGCAAAACUGUAUUCUGUUUAGACAGCUUCUUUGCAUUGUAUCUUUUAUUGCAAGGCUCAUUUACUCAGUAAUAUUACUGCAUUUACACCCUUUAGUACUGUACAAUUAUUAUUCUUUAUACAAUUAUUACUCAAAUUUACCCUUAAAAUGUUAACAUAUCCCAUCUUGUUUUGCCACUUGAUUCUUUACUACACAACUCAUUCUCUUGUAGAUUGCUUUACAGUUAUGUAUUUUGCCUUUCAACUGCACUUCAAAAAAAGUCUUUUCUCACUACUCAAGCUAUCAUUUCACUAUACCACCACUUACAACUUUUGUUCCUUUUCACAGGCAUAUACCAAAAAGCUUCUCACCCAGUGACCCCCUGGAUUUGCACAGAUAAACUUCUACAUUGUUAUACUAUUGACAAUAUCUCACAGUUAAUUUCAUCAUUACAUUUCAAUAUCAUUCGGAACUCCUUCAUUCAGACUAAAACUAUGUACGUACUUCUAAUUUCAGUCUUGCCACAGUUGCAUUAUGACCAUCCGUAUCCUUGGCUACUCCCCUUACAUCUGUCUCUUGCUUGUUUAUUCACUCUGAACAAACAUUCCAGUACAUAUACAGUACUGCUCUCUGUCUUCACAAGUUUCUCUUGUCUUAAUAUUUGUCUUAUUUCUUCUUUUUGUACUUAGUAUAUACAUGUAUAUAGAACAUUAGUAUAUACUAUGUGUAUAUGGAACAUAGUUAAAAUAUUACACUCAUGUAUUUUUUGAGCCACAAAGUUAGAGGAUUAAAAAUAAUGCUAUAGUUACACAAUAUUUUUUAUGACAGAGACUUUGUGUGUGCAAGUUAAUUUUAAGAUUAAGCAGACCAAGCCAAGUGAAUAGAGUAAACAGUACAUGGCAGUUUCAUAGUAAUAAUUUGUUCAUUAAAUCAGUGUAUUUAAAGAAAAAGAUAUGUUAGUGGUAUAUGGUAUAUACGUAUUAGAAAGUGGAUGUCAUUGCAUGAUUGAUUAGUUCAGGUCCCUCAUUUUUUUGGGCUUUCCUGUAGUAUCCAUAAAUAACCCUUGAUUCAAAAAGGUAAUAAACAGCAUAGUGUAUUUUAACCCAUUCUCUGGCGUUACAUCUUAAUCUACUUGUAGUUUAUACUGCUUAUGUGUAUGUAUGCAAGAUAUUUUUAAUUUUCAGGGUCAGAUUUUUAUGUAUAUUUUUUAUUAUAAAAGGUAUUUCCUUCAGUUUCUGUAUGUUGUAGAUUUUAUUAGUUUUCAAAUAUUGUAUCUGGUUUUUUGUAAUGUUGAAGCAUUUAGGUUUGGUUUUAAAAGCCUUUAGUCUUACUGUUCUUUAAAUUUUUUCUGUUUACGAUUAUAUGUGCCAUUCUUUUUGGUAAAACAUUUUUUUUUUAUCUUAAUCUUACUAUUCUUUAAAAAAAUUUUGUUUACAGUUAGGAUAUGUGCCCUUUACAACUUCUGUCUUUCUCUAAACUUUGUAUGUUUGUGAUAAAAAAAAACUUGUCAGAAUUAUACAACAGAGUAAACUACCAUAUUUUUCUAUUUUAGGCAAUUGUUAGUACUUAGUCAAUAAUUACUGUACAUUAGUUAUUAAAUCUAUUGAUAUAAAUAAGGAUAUCUGAGUAGGUGAUACUAAUGCAGUGAAUGCUGCUCCCAAUUUCUGUGGUAUGAUAUUUGGGCUCCAAGCUCUAGAUGAAAUUCUAUAAAUACUAUAUAUAUCAUAUUACCAAAAACCUUUUGUACUUGUGAAAUAAAUGAAACUUCAACUUCUCAA